GACCACCCCUCUGGCGGCUGGCGCGAUGGGUCUCUGCACGUCCAAGCUGCCCCAGAUGGGCAAACCCCUGAGGCCCCAGGAGAAGGACGUCCUCAAGACCCCCCUCAUCAUCUUCGUCAUGGGCGGCCCCGGCUGUGGCAAAGGGACGCAGUGCAAGAAUAUGGCAAGCAAAUAUGGCUUCUGCCACGUGGGGCUGGGCCAGCUGCUGCGUCAGGAGGCCCAGCAGGGCACCCGGCGGGGCUGGCAGAUCCGUGACAUCAUGCUGCAGGGGCUCCUGGUGCCCACGGGCGUCAUCCUGGACAUGGUCAGCGACAGCUUGCUGGCCUGCCCGGAGAGCCGGGGCUUCCUCAUCGACGGCUUCCCCCGGGAGCUGAAGCAAGCAAAGGAGUUUGAGCGCAUUGUGGGCCGGGCCCCCGACAUGGUGAUCGUGUUUGACUGUUCCAUGGAGACGAUGGUCCAGAGGGUACUGCACCGGGGUCGGCUGGAGCAGUGGGCAGACGAUUCCGAGUCGGCCAUCCGCCAGCGCCUGGAGACACACUAUACCUUGUGUGAGCCCAUCCUGACCUUCUACCAGCAGAAGAACCUGCUCCGAAACAUCUUGGCAGAAGAAGCCCCAGAAAACAUUUUUGCCAAGUGCUGCUCUGUCAUUGAAAGUCUGCACUAAGACGUGUAGGGGUUGGGGGCUCUGGCCCUAGCUCUCACCCAGAACCUGUGCAGGGCUCUGAAGGGGGUGCUGUGCCCAU